AUGGGCAUGUCCGGCUUGGCUGUCGAAGAGGAGCCAGAUGACGAGACUGUCGACGAUCCGAGGAGAUGGCUGAAGGUUGUCAGCGCAUUGGAGCAGCCUCGUCUUAUAUAUAAUGUGGCUAAGAAGCACUUUGAAAGUGACCUCACGGGCACGAUAACUCUCGACGUCUCUCAGGCAGUGGCUAUCCCUGACGAUUCAGCCUGGUUUACCCCUGGGAUGAUUGUUCUUAUCGACGGUGUCUACGAAGAGGAGGAAGAGUCGGUAGGAAAAGGCCUGAGUGGAAGCAGCGGAGUUGGAGGUACCAUAGGUGGUCGCUUCCAAGGCUUCUUCAUCGGCCAGCCGCCAUGUGAGAAAAGGAGAGCGACCUUGGGAGUGAGCGGUCCUGAUGGGGGUCAAGAUCACACCAUUGGCGGCGGGUUUGGAUGGAUUGACUUUCUUGGUGUCGGUAGCGAGCGUGCUUGCGGGUCACGCAUGCGAAAGCUGGAGCAUAGGCUGCUCCGGCAGCCAUCUUCUCCUGAUAUACCUGGCCGAGGGCGAAUGGUCAUCCUCGGCGAGCUAAAUCUUGACCAACCGCGGACACUCCAGGCGAUCAAGAAGAUUCUGUCAACCUAUGCGAUGGAGCCAGAAGGCUCAACGCCGAUGAGCUUUGUAUUCACAGGCAACUUCACCCAGCACGCAGUCAUGGCGCGAGGCGGUAGCGGUGGCAGUGUGGAGUACAAGGAGUAUUUCGACUCUCUAGCAGCCAUCCUUGCCGAGUUCCCAACCCUACUAACCACCGCUACCUUCACAUUCGUCCCAGGCGAUAAUGAUGGCUGGGUAUCUUCCUUCUCAGCUGGAGCUGCAGUUCCUCUGCCGAGAAAGUCUGUACCAGAUCUGUUCACUUCCAGAAUCAGGCGCACCUUUGCAUCGGCCAACUCAGAAGCAGGAACUUCCGCCGGCCAAGGCGGCGAGGCUGUCUUCACUAGCAACCCCAGUCGCAUUUCUCUAUUCGGACCUAGCCACGAGAUCGUUGUAUUCCGCGAUGACAUAUCCGCACGUCUACGGCGGUCAGCGGUACGUCUCAAAAGCACCGCCCGGCCACAGGAGGACGAGAAUGAGGAAAACCGGCCGCCUACUAUUGAGGACGAUGUUGCCAUGUCAGGAGCGAUUCCCGAUAAUGGCGAGGCAGAUGACAUGGAGAUUGACAGGCCAGAAAAGAAGCCUACAGCUAUAUCAGAGGUUCCUUAUGACGUUCAAGCAUCUCGAAAGCUUGUCAAGACGCUUCUUGACCAGGGCUACCUCGCUCCUUUUAGACAGUCCAUUCGGCCGGUUCACUGGGAUUACGCGAGCGCAUUGCACCUGUAUCCACUGCCAACUUCGAUGGUAUUAGUAGAUACGACAGCACCACCAUUCUGUCUCACCUAUGAAGGAUGCCACGUCAUGAACCCAGGUAGUGUCUUGAUCACAGGCCGGAAGAGCGUUGGGCGAUGGAUAGAGUACGAGAUUGGUCGAGUUGGUAGAGUACGGGAAUGCGUGUUUUGA